CCUCAGUGAAAGUUUGAGUAUGAUCUCAGCUUCCAAGGACCAAGGUUAGCAUUGCCUGGAUCUGGGAUACCAUUCUGGAGCCAUCAUGGAGCGAGGGAUAUAACAUCCAGAGGAAGUGCGCUGGCCCCAUCCGUGUGGAGCUGAAGCGGAGCAGUGUAGAGCAGGGCUGUCCUCUAAUCUGGCUGGCAGGUGGACAUGCAGAUGAGGGUGACUGGGCCAGGGCCAGGGCACCAGGCCCAGGUCAUGACUGUGUGGUACACCCAGGGGCAAGAGCAGGGCCAAGACAGCUCUGUCCUGGGGGAGCCUGCCUUGAGGAAUGACAUUGGGAUCCUCUUGGACUCCUCAUCCCAGGAUACCCAGGUGAGUAAUGACUUCUGUCUGCACACCCACACCCUCCUCCUGUGUCCAUGCCUCUGUGCCCCUGGAAAAAGUCCCAGAAAGAACUUAGACCUCUUCCGUAAGUUCCAGGUCCCUACUACAGCAAGGGAGACUCAAGCUGGACCACAGGGACAGGUCCCAGCAGGUCAUCCAGCUGGGGGGAAGUGGCACUGCUGGCCUGGAAAGAAUGGCCUCCAGAACCAACCCACUGUCCAGUCCUUGGGUCCUGUACGGCCCUGCUGGACUCUAAGUCCCCACAGAGAAAGAGCCAGCUGGGUGCUGGGCUCUCGUUACCACGACUUCCGGAACCGACCAUGCCCCUUUAAAGCACAGCUCGCCAAUGGGAGUAGAGUCUGCCCGUGGCUGGGCAGUGCUGGGAUCAGAGGUGACCUAGAGCCAGGCCUUGUUUUCAAGGACUUUGCAGGCUGGCUGAAGGCUGUGGGGGCACAGAGAAGGGGUCCUAACCAGCCAGUGCAGCCGGAAGGGCUGCAGGCAAGGCUGGCCCUGGGCACCAGGGAAGAUAAGAUUCCAAAGCUGAAUUCCAAAGCCCAGGAAGAGGGGCCCAGGAAGAUUGACCUGGAGGAGACACUGAACACACACAAGAAGAUCCUGCAGGGUCUCUCUGACCACUUGGCCCAGGCUGAGAGGCAAUGGAAGAAGCCUGGAUCCCUAGGUCAGGCCAGGCCUGAAGGCGGCUGGGACUCUGCCAGGGUCAGCACCCUGUUUUGUGGACAGUAGUGGACUCUCCUCCAAAACCUGUAUGAGAUGAGGGAUGCAGUAAACCACAUGGUUUCAAAAUCCCAGGUCUUCUACCUGCCUGUGGACAUCAAGCAUCACUUAGAGCUGGCUCAGAUCCUGAGCCUCCUGCAGAAUGACUUUUGGAAAGCAGCAGCCUAGGAACCCGGACCAGCUGGUCAGCCCCCAGGGGCCUUCUCGUGCCUACAUCCCAGCAUCUUCCUGUUCUUCCUCCUCAUCUUCCUUUUUCUUCUUCUAUGUGCACUUCAAGUGGGCCUCCCUGUAGGCAGAACUUUCCGUACCUACUUGGCUUGGUUCUGAGCAUAAUAAUCUGAUUUGAGGGGAGCAUUAAGACCCACCUGCCUGUUCUACCCUCUGGCAAUAGUUUCAAUAUUCACUACUCACCAUGUGCUCGGCCACUGGUCCCAUCUAGAUCCUGCCCUCACAAUAAUCUCUCUAGUGUGAGAAACUGACAAGUACCUGAUACUCACACCCUAUGUGGUCAGUACCAUGAUGGCAGAAAGCUCAGAGGCCAUAUGACAGUUAAAAAAAACAACAACAACAAAAACACAUUUGACUCAGCUUAGGGAGAUCAGGGAAUUGGCCUAGAAGGGAUCUUUGAUAUGGGUCAUCAGGCAAUUAGUUUUCCAACCUGAUAAGUAAAGUCAUCAUUAUAGAGGAAACAGCAUGAGAAAAGGCAUGGAAGCAUGAAAGGACACAAUAUUUUGGAGAAAAAGUGGCAAGUUCAGUUCUAUCAUAGCAAAGGCUGGACCAAUUUGUGAAAA